AUGCGGUCGGCAUCUGCCUUCCUCCUCUCGAUUAUCACUUUUACAUCCUGUUCAGUCACUGCAACAGCAUGGAGUGAUGUCUACGAUGUGAAUCUGGUCCCUCGAUCACCGUAUCCACUCCUCGAUGACCGGCCCCCGAGUGUCCGCCAUGUUUCAACUGCCAGCUCGACUCCUACAACUGCACCCACUUUGCUCCUUGUAACAAGAUUUGGAGGAGAUGACUGCUCGACUCCCGUGUGCGGCUCAUUGGCAGAUGGCGAAAACCGACCAAAGCGCGAAGGCGAAUCGUGUGACUGCAACGAUGGCUGGAGUGGCAUCAACUGCAAUGUCUGCGAAUCAGAUAGCGCUUGUGAUGCCAUGAUGCCCGAAGGCCAGGGUGGAAGAUGUUACAAGCAGGGUGUUACGGUCAAGCAGAACUUCCAGAUGUGUGAUGUGACGAAUCGCAAAAUCGUGGAUCAGCUUGACGGCCGGAAGCCUCAGGUGACAUUUUCAUGCACGGCUGAAGAUCAUACUUGCAACUUCCAGUUCUGGGUGGGCCAGAAGGAGUCUUUCUACUGCGGCCUUGAUACUUGUGAGUGGAACAUCGAAUCUGAGGCUGACUCCAACACGACAAACUACAAGUGCGAGAACGCGCACUGUAGCUGUAUCAAGGACCGAUUCCUCUGUGGCGAGAAUGGAUCCAUCGAUCUCAGCGCCUUCCUUGAUAUUUCGAUCAAAGGACCUGCGACUUUCUCCACAAAAUCUACAGCGACAGGCAGUAAGAGCAGUUUCUCUGAGCCUGAGAUGAAUAAAUUGAUUAGCGGAGUCUUUGGAGACCCCAAUAUCUUUUUGUCUUGCGACUCUGGAGAGUGUCUGUACAAAACAGACGAACCGGGUUAUGAACGUCCGAUCAAGAAGAUCAAUACUCCGCUCAUUGCUGGUGUGAUUGCCGGCUGCUCUCUGUUUGUGGUUGCAGUCAUCUUGCUGGUGUGGUACCUCUCACGUCGGGCUGCCCGCCACGGCUAUGCCCUUCUGGCUCUCUCAGAUGAUUCGGACGACGAGACAGCCAAGCUCCUCGAAGACCACCGACCAGCCGCUCUGUAUUGGGAUAAUGUAUCCUAUAACUUGAAUGGCAAGGAGAUUCUCUCUGGUAUUCAGGGUGCAUCGGCCCCGGGGCAAAUCACGGCAAUUAUGGGAGCUUCCGGCGCUGGCAAGACUACUUUCUUGGAUAUCCUUGCCCGCAAGAACAAACGCGGUUCUGUCCAUGGUAACUUCUAUGUGAACGGUGAGAAGAUAGGAGACCACGACUUCAAGAGCAUGGUCGGUUUUGUUGAUCAAGAAGAUACAAUGCUUCCAACCUUGACCGUCCAUGAAACCAUCUUGACCAGCGCUUUGCUGAGAUUGCCCCGGGACAUGAGCCGAGCGGCUAAGGAGCAAAGAGUCUUGGAAGUUGAGAAGCAGCUGGGAAUCUACCAUAUCAAGGAUCAACUCAUUGGCUCAGAAGAAGGCAAAGGGCGUGGUAUUUCUGGUGGUGAGAAGCGCCGAGUCGGCAUUGCUUGCGAAUUAGUGACUAGUCCAAGCAUUCUUUUCUUGGAUGAACCUACUAGCGGAUUGGACGCUUUUAAUGCCUUUAAUGUAGUCGAAUGUCUGGUGACCUUGGCCAAGACCUACAACCGUACAGUUAUUUUCACCAUCCAUCAACCACGCUCCAAUAUCGUCGCUCUAUUUGACCGACUUAUCCUCCUUGCGGGCGGCCGUACCGUCUACUCCGGUCCUUUCUCAACAUGCCAGCAAUACUUUGAUCGCAUUGGCUACUCCUGCCCACCAGGCUUUAAUAUCGCGGACUACCUUGUCGACUUGACGAUGCAUGCUGGCGCGGCCACCACGUACACAGAUGAGGUAGCUUCAUCAGUGGAUGCUCGCACUGGCCCGCCCAAGACUGCUUCGAGCAGCUUACGAGCUGUCAAGUCGGUUGCCAGUGCGUCGAAUGUCAGUAUCAGUAUUGAGGAAAAUCAAAGUGGCGGUGAGACCACAAAGACACACAAUAACAACCGCCGAGUCUCCGUGAAACAGCAGCAGGAGCGCCAGCUUUAUUCGCGCCGAAAAGAUCAGGAUCAACGCCCAACAACGCCCAAAACUGACGAGGAAGAUGCCACGCUCGACACGGCUGAGAAUACCCAACAAUGGCUGCGCCUUCAUCGUCAGCAGGGCAGUGUUCCGCCUCAGAUUCUCGAUGACCCAGAUCAAUUACCUCCUCCAGCACCUGGUCAGACCGAUCUGGACAUUCUGUUUGCCAGUUACGCCGACUCUGAUGUUUGCCGUUCCGUUACCGAUGAAAUUAUCGCAGCUGUCCAGGCGGCACAGGCCGCCAAUGGCUCAACAAACUCGCAGAUUAUGUCGGGCCCGGCAGCCGGUCAGCCCAUGAGCUACGCUCGAGUCAGUCUGGCUCGCCAAUUUAUCAUUCUCUCGCAGCGGACCUGGCGUAACCUUUACCGUAAUCCCAUGCUCAUGCUCACGCACUACGCCAUUGCCAUUCUUCUCGCGGUCCUUUCCGGAUAUCUCUUUUAUGGCCUGACCGACGACAUCAAGGGUUUCCAGAACCGUCUUGGUCUCUUCUUCUUCCUUCUGGCCUUGUUUGGCUUCAGCACUCUGACGAGUUUGAAUGUUUUCUCUACUGAGCGGCUUCUCUUUGUCCGCGAAAGAGCCAAUGGCUACUACCACCCUGUCACAUACUUCGCGGCCAAGGUUGUCUUUGAUAUUGUGCCUCUGCGACUGAUCCCGCCUAUCAUUAUGGGUAUUAUCGUUUAUCCCAUGACCGGGUUGAUUCCCGCAGGACCCGAGUUCUUGCGCUUCCUGCUUGUUCUGGUCCUAUUCAACUUGGCCGCGGCUAAUAUCUGCCUGUUUAUCGGUAUUGUCUUCCGGGAUGGUGGCGUAGCAAACCUGAUUGGAAGCCUCGUGAUGCUGUUCAGCUUGCUCUUUGCGGGUCUCUUGCUCAAUCACGAUGCGAUUCCCGACUCAGCCUUGUGGUUGCAGAGCCUUUCCAUUUUCCAUUAUGGUUUCGAGGCGCUGAUUGUCAAUGAGGUCACAUUCCUCACGCUGAUCGAUCACAAAUAUGGCUUGGAUAUUGAAGUGCCCGGUGCAUCCAUCCUCAGUGCUUUUGGUUUCAACAACCUUGCUUACUGGUCCGACGUCAUCGGCCUUGCUGUGAUUUCCGGCGCUUUUAUCAUUAUUGCAUAUGCAGCGAUGCAUUUCCUGCUUGUCGAGAAGCGAUAA